AUGACUGAAAGAGCUUUCAAUGAGGAAACAACCAUUUCAUCCAUGUUCUGUGGUGUGUGGAAGAGCCGUUGUUUAAGUGUGUUGGUGUCUUUGGGAGUACCCGGACUGUUGUGCAAUUCUUGCAGUCCAGGCAGCAUUCAAGACAUCGCCGAAAGAACGGGCUGCCGCACAGACGACAAGAUCUACAAGCUCAUGAGAACCAUGGCUCAAUGGGGAACCGGAGAAGAAUUAAGUGAGAGGAGCUUUCAAGGNUAUCCUUCGAGAAACGGGAUGCAGAAGCAAAUGUUUAGCGAGAUCUGUAUAUAUUGGUCAAAUCCAGUCAGCAUUCAAGACAUCGCCGAAAGAACGGGCUGCCGCACAGACGACAAGAUCUACAAGCUCAUGAGAACCAUGGCUCAAUGGGGAACCGGAGAAGAAUUAAGUGAGAGGAGCUUUCAAGGGAAUAAACUCAACCGUGAAAAGACAAAGCUCAUGGUCUUUGGCAGCUGCCCGAUGAUCCGCAGAUUGUCCGAUUUCAAGCUUUCGCUGCUCGGAAAGGAACUAGUGCCAUCAGAGUCCAUCAAAGAUUUCGGUGUAACUUUUGACCCUACUCUGUCAUUGGAUAAACACAUCUCAGUGACAGUUUCAUCUUGCAUGAUGGCUGCUCUGAACUUUGGAGGUCUUCGAGAAAACUCGUACCCAGGCUCUCCAUGUUAUCGACCAAAAGUUUACAUCUGCAGACUCAUUGUUAGGGCAAUUUGCAAUGUACGUUAUCAGUUCCCUUUCUUUUAUAAGGAUGUUGUCUUUGCAAAGCACUAUAAAGACUCUCCAACAGUUUUGGUUUCUGCAAAUCAUUCAACAAACGGAGGAAACCUUAAUCCAGCGUACAACUCCAUAUCAGUCUGGGCGGAGUAUAUAAACAAGACUGGAUUUAGAGCAUGUGUGAAGGAAUUGUUUGUGAACCAGCAUGAUCCUCUGUCAAUCUCAUAUGCAAUCAUGCCAGAUGUUUGUGAACCGGGCUGGAGUUUCUACAAUGGUUCAUGUUACUUUACCAGUGAAACUUGUGAGACAUGGUCCAACGCCAGUACGAUCUGCAGGAACAUGGGGGCUAAUCUUCUCGCUAUUGAAACUCAAGACGAAAAUGUUUAUAUACAGCACAGACACAAUGGCGACAAGGCGUGGAUUGGUUUGAAUGACAUUGCCACAGAAGGAUUAUUCUCCUGGGUAGAUGGGUGUCCUGAUAAAUUCCGCUACUGGGCCGAGAAACAACCGAACGACUUUAGCGGGGAGGACUGCGUACACACUCUUGGUGCUAGACAUGGAUACACGUGGAAUGACAUAGAUUGUUCUACAUGUCAUCAAUAUACGUGCAAAAAAGAUUAUGAUGAAUGUACCAGUUCUCCGUGUUUUAACGGAGGUACUUGCAAAAAUGGUAAAAGGACGUUUAGCUGCACAUGUCCUCCAACCCACAAAGGACGUUCAUGUGAAGAAUUUGACGAAUGCUCCAGCAGCCCUUGCCUAAAUGGCGGUACUUGCACUGAUGGAGUGAAUAACUUCACGUGUUCUUGCCCCUCACCUUUUUUUGGAGACAGGUGUCAAGAAACGGACGAAUGCCAGUCCAAUCCCUGUCAAAAUGGUUUUCUUUGA